AGAAAUAAGAUGAAGCAAACAGCUGUGGGUUCAUCACAAAGGUGUGGGCCCCGAAGUUGGAACCACUGACACCUGUGGCUGUGUGAAGGGCUAUUAAAUCCACCAGUGAUGUGCAGAUGUAAUCCAUACGGUCACGUUGGUGUAGAGGCCCAACUUUGUGUUCAUGAAUUUGACCACAGCUCUGAGCUCUUUGUACUGAAACUCUGAGUCAUGUUUUUACUUUUGUUUUCACAUUUGGGGAAUCCCCGCUCAGGUUUUACUUUCAUUUGGUGUCUGUCCAGGUACUUUCAUACCAUACAGCUUGUUUAGUCAGCCAAUCAGAGACCUGCAGCAUGGUGGCGUGUCACGACUAAAGGUCUAUUCUGUUCUAUUCUAUUCUACAGGCUGCACAGGGUCAGAGUGGACGUUUUGGAGCAGGAAGCACCUGAAGGACAACGUUAAAGACAGUCAAACUUCCUCUGAGGAGAUGGACAGAAACGAGGAACUGGACAAAUUGUUUCAGAGGUUACGCGUAUUUAAACACUACAGAGCAGACAGACUGAGCAGCUGUGAUGAAAGGCAAAGAUUGACAAAGCUGGCAAUGAGAAGCUGCACAGAUGAAGUCGUCCUGCAGUGGCUGAGAAAAAACUCAGAGUCUGACGCCUUCAGCAAACUCACAGACAUGUUUGACUUCCUGAAGAAACACAUUGAUGAGGAGGAGAAGAAGAACCACAGUGAUUAUGUUCACAUCAGCUUUGUGGCUCAUGGAGCAAUCAGAGACUUCAUGAUCCCAGCCAGCUGUUACCUGCCUCUGCCCACCAUCACUGACGUGCUCCUGUAUUCUCCCUGGAACUGCAUCAGUGCUGGUUUAGCGUACGGUAUCGUUACAGGAAAACUGAGGCCUCAGCACAGAGUUUUUUACUGCAACGAUAAAGAAAGCUGUACCAUUCCUGAUGACAAACAUCGACCUGUGAACCUGCCAGAUCACUGGAACUCACUGAAGAAAUCUGGAGCACAGAUGGUCCCAAACAUCACCGUUAGCCCCCUUUCACCAGAUGGUGAUGGAGUGUGGAAACGCUUUGAGUCUCUCUCAGCUAAACACGGACCAUCAGGAAGGAACCGGAUCGUCAUACCGUUCAUCCUCCCAGGACGGGAAUAUGAAAGCAUCCCAUUCUCUGUGGUGACCUUAGCUCUGUCCCUGGUGCUCCUCUCCUCCAGGUUUAAAGCCACUCUUCACUUCGAUGGUUGUCUCGGUGAUCACUCUACUGGACCGAAAUUUGACAGGAAGUAUCUUCAGGAGCAGUACGCCUGCACCAUCGACAACAGCAAGAUGAAAUGUUCACCUGAAGCUUUCAGAUGAUGAUAAAUGCUCCCUGUUUUAGACAUGUUUGUGGACAUUUUAGUGUAAAGAUGAAGAUGAAAUGAUAAAAGUAAUUUUUCUAUACUUGAGGCUCAGAUUUAUGAUGAAUGGACUUGAAUCAUCAUUUAGACAUGUUCCAGCUCAUAAUCUGAUCAUAACCUGCUAACAUCUGUGGAGGUUAUUAAUAUAAACAGACUCACCUGUUCUCUGCUCGCUGCUCACAGGUGACGUGAUGCUGAUGUCAGACCUUCAACCAGCACACACACAGAUCAUUGACAUGAAGUAUAUAGAUUAUUUAUGUACAUUAUGUAUUAUGUAAUAUUUUGAUCUGUUAUUGCUUUAUGUCGGGGUUUUAGAUCCGUACUUGGGUAGAACAAUAAGUUAUGAGCCACAACUUUAACUCAGUCUCUGAACUGUGUCACGUUCCAAACAUAGAAGUAACACAAGUCUACGAGUUGUACAUCUAUAUUUUCAUGCCUACAGACUCGGUAACUAUUUCUAAUCUUUUCUUAUUGUAAAAGCAUUAAAAUGUGAAGAUGAUGUUGUGAAGUGAAGAAGAACAGGAUGAAAACCUGAAGCUGCUCAUUAAAAACAAUAUUGUAUAUAUGAAAUUUAUGGAGGACCACAAGAGCCACGCGCAUCGAAAUAAAGAAUUCUAUGAUUAAAUAAUCAAUUGUAGAAUAAAUUUAGCAUUUGUAAAUUUAUUUUUGAAUUCCAUGUUAAAAAACUGGUUUUUAAAAUGUUUUUUAAAAUGGUGAUUUAAAAGAGCUCUCUGACUGGUAGGACAGACACAGGCUGCCUGGAUUUUUCCUCACUUCUUGUUUGUGCUCAUAGCUUUGCCCUGCUUAGAAGUGUGUGUGCUUGUACAAAGGCCGCUCAGCCUCAGGAUUUAAACUCUGCUCAACACGGAUAUGUGAAGAAUGAAGAACAAAGAGACCCUGCAGCAAAACAGAGAGCUGAACCUGUUUAUUGUUUCAGGUAUAGACGAUGGAGUAUGACCAGUCUGAUGUCAGCCUGCUUCUCUGACAGCGCCUCACCUCUCUGUGCUGCCCCCUGCUGGC